AUGUCUCUCAUCUCCAACAAAAAGUACAUCUUUCUUUACGCUUUUACAGAGAGGGUCGACAGGCUCUCUAGCUUGCACGAAAUCUCUGCUGGGAACAUAUCACAGCUUCCUACUAUAUCGAGAGAGAACUUUCAGCCUGAUGGUAGAGCGGAGACUACAUUUGGCAUUGAGGAUGGCCUCUCAGAUAUUAUGGAGAAGAUCUACUCUCUUCAUAUCAAUUCGAAAGCACUGCCAAACUUAGCAUCGCGAUUGAUUGUGAACGCAGUUGAGAUAUGGAGAGACCUUGAUGAGUUGAAACCUCAACCUCCUCUUGAUAACGGAGAAUACCCUGAUUUACAUGCUUCUUGUGUCUCAGCACUGUAUGUAUGGCUAUACUUGGUCAUUCACCCCAACGGAAUUCAGGAUGCAAAGCUUCAAUCUGCGGUUCGGAAUGGUCUGGCUAGCACCGAGAAUCUAGAUUCUUCGGAGCUUUCACCUUUUUUGUUCGUUCCCGCUUUCUGUCUUGGCUUGGCAGCCAUCAACCAGGAUGAUAGAAGUUCCGUGAAUGAAAUCUUUGAAUCUAUUGGCAACAUUGCUGCUUUCAUUGACAUAAGUCCAUAUCGAGGUAUCGUCGAACGAAGCUGGCGAAGAUGGGACAGGGGUGACAAAAGGAGCUGGGACUGGACUGAUUAG